UUAACGGGGGAAAGAUGGUGAGAAGCGCUACCCUCAUUAAAUCUGGCUGUUAGAGGCGCUUCUAAUGGCCUUAAAUUUGUUUUAGUUGUUUGAAUCACAUAAAAUAGUCUGUGCGUGUGCAUAUACACACGUGCACUCACGUGGGUCCUGCGAUUUUUGCAGGUAUUUUUUUAAAGAGGAGAGGAAUCGAGCGCAAAACAAAACGAUAUCAACUCCCCCACCCCCCAAAACCAAAAAUCAACUAAAUGAGCGCUCAAGCGCUCAAGAGUGGAAGGCGAGGAGAAAGGCAGGGUAGAAUCAGGGAGUGGAAAGCAAGAGGGAGUUCUGCUGAUAAAGCCAUGAGCCCUCUCGGGUGGGGGCUUGUGCUCAGUUGCCUGGGCUGUGGGAUGCUGCCUGGAGCCCGUGCACAGUUUCCCCGGGUCUGCAUGACGGUGGACAGCCUGAUGACCAAGGAGUGCUGCCCGUCGCUGGGUCCGGAGCCCGACAACAUCUGUGGCUCCCAGGAGGGCCGGGGCCAGUGCAUGGAGGUGCAAGCUGACACCAGGCCCUGGAGCGGUCCUUACAUGCUACGGAACCGGGAUGACAGAGAAGGUUGGCCGAGGAAGUUCUUCCACCGGACCUGCCGAUGCACAGGACAUUUUGCUGGCUACAACUGUGGAGUCUGCAAGUUUGGCUGGACCGGCCACGACUGCAAUCACAGGAAAGCCCCGGUAAUUCGGAAAAAUAUCCAUUCCUUGACUGCUCAGGAGAGGGAGCAGUUCCUGGACGCCUUAGACCUCGCAAAGAACACGACACACCCCGACUACGUGAUCACCACCCAGCAUUGGCUCGGCCUGCUGGGGCCCAACGGGACCCAGCCACAGAUUGCCAACUGCAGCAUUUAUGAUUUCUUUGUGUGGCUCCAUUAUUACUCUGUUAGAGAUACAUUAUUAGGACCAGGGCGCCCGUACAAGGCCAUAGACUUCUCACACCAAGGCCCCGCCUUUGUUUCUUGGCACCGAUAUCAUCUGCUGUGGCUGGAAAGGGAUCUCCAGCAACUCAUCGACAAUGAGUCCUUUGCUUUGCCCUAUUGGAACUUCGCCACCGGGAGGAACGACUGUGACGUAUGUACGGACCAGCUGCUUGGGGCUGCAAGACAAGACGACCCAACUCUCAUUAGUCAGAACUCAAGAUUCUCCAGCUGGGAAAUUGUCUGUGAUAGCCUGGAUGACUAUAACCGCCGGGUCACCCUCUGUAAUGGGACUUAUGAAGGUCUGUUAAGAAGAAAUCCAGUGGGAUUAAACAGUGAGAAAUUGCCAACUUUACAAGACAUACAAGAUUGUCUGUCUCUCACGACCUUUGACAGCCCCCCUUUCUUCCAGAACUCUACCUUCAGCUUCAGGAAUGCCCUGGAAGGGUUUGAUAAAGCGAACAGCAACCUGGACUCUCAAGUGAUGAGCCUACAUAACUUGGUUCAUUCCUUCUUGAAUGGGACAAGUGCUUUGCCACAUUCUGCUGCCAACGAUCCUGUCUUUGUGGUACUUCAUUCCUUUACCGACGCCAUUUUCGAUGAAUGGAUGAAAAGAUCCAAUCCUUCUGUGGAUGCCUGGCCUCAGGAGCUGGCACCCAUUGGUCACAAUCGGAUGUAUAACAUGGUUCCUUUCUUCCCUCCGGUGACGAAUGAGGAAUUCUUUUUAACUGCAGACCAACUCGGCUACAGCUAUGCCAUUGAUCUGUCAGUUGAAGAAACUCGAGGUUGGACCACAACCCUCUUGGUGGUCAUAGGGAUGCUGGUGGCUUUGGUUGGUGUUUUUGUGGUGCUGUUUUUCCUUCAGUACAGAAGACUCCGAAAAGGCUACACACCCCUAGUGGAGACACAUUUAAGCAACAAGAAGUACACAGAAGAAGCCUAGAGAGCUCACGCCUUCCUCUAGAGAGGCACCAGCCAAGCCGUAGGUCUGACCCUGCCGAUGAACAAACUAUUACUCAGUGUUCUUCCUUUAGCUGAAGACGUUUGACGCAGUCCCCCCUAUUAAGGUGAUCAUCCCCAAUACAGAAGGUGCUUAGCUGUAGUCUCUGGUCUACUCGUUGUUUAACAAACACAAACUGGAAUGUUUGAGGCUAUCUUUACCAUCAAACAAAGGUAGAGCUGACAAUUUGUGGUAUCUGAUAAUAAUUCCCCAUAUUGAUUAAGCCUCCUCAUGUUCUGAAAAGACAUGUGAGAGUGCGCGCGCACACACACAAACACACACACACAACUGAUAGAGCAGAUUCAUUUUAAUUUGCAGGUCCUUGUAAAUUGAGACCUGAGCAAGAUCAUGGUUCAUUUUUUCUUCGCCCAAGUGUCUUCAGUUGGAAUGGGGCAGGGGGUGGGGGUGGCAGAUGCUUCCUGAGUCUCCAUGAGGUUCGCUAUAAACAGCUGUGCUUUUAGAUGCCUUCCUGAUCAUCUUUCUGUGGCUUAUUUUUCUCCUUUCUGUGUCUUUUCUUCUCCAGCCUUUAAAACAGCCUUGAAGAUGAAAAUAGGCCUUAUUUUCCAAAUAGGAUGGAGAGUAAAGGAAGGAAUGAAUGAUCAGUUUGGUUCUCUUUUGUAAAUUAGACUUUCCAGAUUUUAUAAAAAUCUGUAGUUCUUAACAGGAGACAUGAUAUCAUGAGAUUCAGUAGCUGGAUAAACAUUGAUUCUAUAGUGAAAAAUAAAUGAGAGAUUAAAUUAUAGAGUUUUCUAGUUAACGAAUAUACUGUGUUAAAUCUACUAACCCGCAUAGAACCACUUCUUCCAGGAAAAGAUGGCAGAAAAAGGCUGUGAGGCUAGAAUCCUGGCAAUUUGAGUAGACUUCCAUUGCUCUGAGGUCUCAUUUGACUGAUCCUGAACCAGUUUCUUUACCAGGUAGCCUCAGAUGAAAAAUUAUCCAUGUAUAUUGCAGUUGGUUUAUUUUUAAGAGUUGACUUCCGAUUUUAUUAAUGCCACACUGUGCUGACAGUUACUUAUGAAUGCUAAUCAAUUAAGUCUUAUCCUUUAAAAGCAAACCAUCCAUAUAAAAUAUAACAUUUCAGAAUUAAAUGGUUAUGUUCCACUAAGUAAUCAUCAUAUCAUGAGAGAUAAGAAUGAAGCCAUCUUUAUUUACUAAGAUGCUCAGGCUUACCGAGAUGAUCCCUACUUCUGAGAAGUUAGCGGUUACUGAGAUUGCAAGGUAAAUUUCAUCUGCUCAUAUCUGGUACCUGUGCUUCAGGGGUGAGGCCAUAGUUCUGGAAGGUAGCCUGUCUGUCCACUCAUUUCAGCUACUCUCUACUGGAAUGGAUGUGUGUGAAGGAUGGGUGGGAAGGAGAAGAGGACCCUGGAGUUAGCUGCCUUCUACAUAGGAGGGAGGGGGCUAGAUGGUGCAUGAUUCAUCAAGACACAGUGUUAUCCCCCCAAAAUAAGACUGUGAAAGCCGGAGAAAUGGACAUAGCCCCAUUGGAACCAAAUUUGAGUCUGAGCGAGCCUCAUAAAGCUUAUAGGCAUAUCUGAGAGUGGGCUCAGCAGAUGAGAAUCAAAAUAGCCCAGAGUCCUUCAUGGGCCGAAGCCCUGCUUGGGUCUCUUUACCCACCCCCCCCACACGUAGAUCUCAGUUCCUGCUUUUAACAGGAUCUAUGGAAAAUUUGGCAAAGUUUCAUGAAUGUACUCCACUCUGGAAGGUUUAUGUUCCAAACUCAGGGUUGUUGGGGAAUACAGUUUUACAUCCUGUUUCUAAACCAAAAGAGAAAUAUUGAAAUGAAGAUAUAAUUGUGCAUGGUAGGUGUGUCUCCAAAAAGUUACAUUUAAAUUAAUUACAUGUUAAAAGUAGCAGGGAAGGGGCACCUGGAUGGCUUAGUCUGCUGGGGGCCUGACUCCUGGUUUUGGCUCCGGUCAUGGUCUCAGGGUCGUGAUAGGGAGCCCUGUGUUCCACUCUGCCCUCCACUGGGAGUCUGCUUGAGAUUUUCCCUCUCCCUCUGCCCCUCCCACUCAUGCUCUCUCUCACUCUCUUUCUCUUUCAAAUAAAUAAAAUAAAUCUUAAAAAAAUAAAAUAAAAAUAAAAGUAGCAGGGAAAAUGACUUUUUAUAGAUGAACUAUAUGAAUAAUUCCAUAAAGCAAAUAACCACCUCUCUCUUGCCUCUCUGGUACAUCAGAAUUUUCAUUUAUCGCAUUCCCACAUAAUUUAUUUAAAGCAAGGUUUAUCUGAGGUAGAAAUAGAGGGUAAUCAUUUAUACUUAGCCACUUUUAUCUAUAGAAGAUGCAACUUCUUAUAAAUAUAAUGUUUUAUAAUGUCUUCCUAAGAGAAACGAUUUCUUAAUUUUUUAGCUCAUAGAAGAGGAAUAAAUUUUUCUAACAUUUCCUGACAUUACAGUCAGUUUGUGAUGAAUGUCUUUUAAGAAAUUUAAAGGUAGAACAAACCUGUUAGAAUGAACAAGUUAGUAUUUACUUACACGGAAUCUUAUGCAAAUAAACUCAGAAAAUACUACGAAGCGUUGUAGGGUUAAUUUUCUCAAUGAUGGGGGGAAAACAUCAACCUUGAAGAAAAUGAAUAGAUCACUUUACAUGCUUAUAUCCUCAGAAUUAGAAAAACUGUAUGUAUAUGAAUUACUGUUUCAGAAGAGAUGCUGUUAUAAAGCUAACAUUCAGAAGUGAAUGAAAUCUAAUAGCCUCUUUCCUUUGUGAAUUAAA